CUUAAAGCCCGCGCUGAUUUAACGACGAGUCAGACUCACUUCACUCGUUCACUCGUAUCAGCCUCUCUGCUCGCCCAAACAGGAACAGAGUCCCCUCUAGCUGCUUCCGUUUGUGCUUCAUUGGCGGCCAUAGAUAACCCGCAAUGGACGACGACAUGUCCAAUACGAUUCGUCGCACGUCGAGCCGAACUCGUAAGGUUGCUCCAAGAAUGGUCGCUGCUCUCGCGAGCAGCGACAAUCGAACCCAGGCAGCUCUGGCUCGUCUAGAAGCUUUGGAGAGUGACUACAUGGGAGCAGAAAUGAUGGAGGCUAACGAAGACGAUGACGCUUCUCUUGAUGAUGAUGAUGAUCAAGUAUACCAGAAAAGGCAAUCAAAAGGCACAAAACGUAAAACUCGUCAGGCAAAAGCACUUGAGAAUGCUAAGAGGGCCCCCAAGACAUUCCUGGAGCUCUUACACGAGGCAAACCUGGAAUCCUUGCCGCCUCACAUGCCCUCCUAUCUGAGAGCAGCAGUGGGGCCUCCAAGCUUCACUUCUCGCCGUCAUUUCUGCACUGUUUGUGGUUUCACUGCAAACUAUACAUGUGUAAGGUGUGGAGUGCGUUUCUGUGCAAUCCGUUGCCAGAAUAUACACAAUGAUACUCGCUGUCUGAAAUUUGUGGCUUGAUUGGUGACAGGUUUGGGCCAUCCCAAAUUUGUAAAUUUAUUAUACCUUGGAAUGUACUUGUAUUAUAUCAGAGCUGUUAAUUUUAUAUAUUAUGGAGACUUACUAUUUUUCA